AUGGGAUUUGUCGACCGUGGUGGCGGUCGUGAAGCGAAGGGGUCGAGCCUACGGCACUCCAAGAAGAACCCUGGCGCCCCUGCUGCCAGAAAGGCCUCCUCCGUGAAGCAACAACCACUCGCACGUGUGGCUCCAGUACCACCAACCUUCAGGGAUCAUGUGCAACAUGUAGAUGCCUCAGUUGCCAUUCUCUCCCGCAAGUUCGGUACGGGAUACAGCGAACUGCUGGUGAGGGCAGCAAGGGAGGGUGGAGUUGGAGCUGCGCUCACGUGGUGCGGUAAUUUUGAGCAGCAGGAUGCGCUCAUUGAAUUGUGCAGGCAGCACAACGCUGCAGCAUCUGUGUUGGAUGGGGAGGAGGGUUGCAGCAAACUCUACUGUUUGGUGGGUGUGCAUGUGAAUAGUGUGGAUCGUACCCACAAGCAGCAGCAGGAAAAAUGGAUGGAGGGCGUUGUAGCGUGGACGAGGCACCAGGAGGUAAUUGGGUUGUUAUCAGGGUUCAGCCUUACCCGAGACAGUGGCACGCACUUUGCGCAGGAAUGGUUACUCAAGGAGCUGUGGCGGAAAGCGGGUGAACUUCAGUUACCGAUUGUGUUGCACCUUUGUCCAGACGAGCGAGACGGAGCCGUGGUAACACCCGAGGAUAUUGGUGCGAACGGAAACAGUGAAAACAUGCUGACGGACGGAAAUCACACUGUGGACCGGGCUGCUGAGCUGAUCGCUGAGCUCAUGUUGGAUCAAGCGGAUGAAGGCGGCUGCGGAAAAGAGCACGGAGCCACGAGGAAGAAUCCCACCGCUGUUGUCCUUCACAAUGGUGUUGGCGCGUUGAGCUGUUCCUCAGCAAUGCGUGAACUAGUCAGAAAGCAUGUUCCCAAAGCUCCGUCAGAAGCAACAACAGGGGCAAUCGGUCGUGGUACACCACCUAUUUAUGUAUUAGCGACUGCUGAAGGUGUCACAAGCAGUAAUGCGCCGGGAAUCUAUCGACCAUCAUUUGUUCAUUCCCUGCGCAACUACGUAUCGCUGUCCCAGUUACUCAUUGGCACGGGUUCACCGUGGAACACGCCACAAAAUAUCCCUGAUGAAUACUUACGAACGAUGCACAACGAACCGGCCAACUAUCAGUACGUCGCCCUCGCGGUGCACAACGCCAUCAGUAAAGAUGUGUUGGCUGAGUCACCAGAGCACCAGGAAUUCUGCGCUACCGUGCGCGACAACUUUCUUCGCGUAUUUUUCGGGUCCUCUCCUAGCGGCAAGCAGUCGCCACAACAACCGUGUGACGCCAGAACGGAGGAGGCGGUGGGGGAAAAAGCUGCGGAUAAGCCUCCAAAGCCCCCUGUGCAUUUUGAUCCCUCCAUUAAGACAUCGUCUGACGCAGUGAAAUCCUCACCUGAGUCUAUGCGAUAUUACUUGUGUCUUAAAUGUAGGCGGAAGCUGUUCCAUGAACGCGCUCUUCUUACGCACCCCCCAGAUGCUGCCCGAGCCCAUUUCAAUGUUCGCCAGGCAGUGGCAGGGAGAAAAAGUGCGUUGAAGGGUAAGCACCAACCGGCGGUUGGUUCGUGCGACAGUGUUUGCUUUCUUCGGGUCGUUGAUGGUGCAGAGGGCGAGUGGUGCGUUGAAGAUAGUGGCGUUGUUGUGCACCGAUUGAAUGCAACGGUCAGCUGCGGCGGUUGCGGCUCCAAGUUGGGCACUGCUGCUGAUGAUUGCUCCUGUCCUUGUGGCUGCGUAAUCGCGGGGACUACUGCAAGAUUGGCGGCCACCAAAGUUGAGGCCCCAAUUGGGAGGAAGGCGGGAGGUGAUCUUGACGAACUUCUGUUGGAAGCUGCACGGGAGCGGGAACAACUGUUGUUGGAGCGCGAGACUGCUGGGCACGGUUGUGGAAGUGACAGUGAUGACGACGGUGAAGGCAAGCGAAAGGUAAAAGAGGCCAAAAAGAAUGUUAAAACCAACAAUCGCUCGAACUUUACGCACUUCCGGAACAAGAAUUUUGCGCCCAAGCAGCACAGAGGUCAUCACGAUGGGUCAAACGUUGCCAACGUUGGCAUGAAGGACGAUGUUGAUAAGGUCAGCGAUGGAGACGGUGACGGUGACGAUGAGAGGCGGGUAGUGGAGGACACUGCUGCGGGGCGGAGGGCGCGACGCAAGCAAAAUAAGAAAAGUAACCGACACAGCGUAAGUGAAACCCCUUCUGAGUAG